UUUCCUGUCAGUGUUAUGUUUUUUUAAAAAAACAGCAUUUGCUGUACAAUUGAAUAAGACAAGUUUUCAGAAGAUGAUUUCAUACUGUCCAAUCUGUGCAAAACCUGUCUAUUUUGCGGAGAGGAAGCGAUCUUUAGGUAAAGACUAUCACCCUCUUUGUCUAAAAUGCUAUCGUUGCAAGCGCCAGUUAAGUCCAGGCCAACAUGCAGAGUAUGAUGAGAAGCCAUACUGCAAUCACUGCUACUUACAGCACUUUGGUCCAAGGGGAGCAAGACGGCCAACAUCUCGAACUACUCCUGGAGCAGCUGGAUCCAAUGUUCCAAGUACUUAAAACAAGCCAGCUCGAGGAUAAUUUUACGCCCUUCAGGAUGAAGAAACUUGAGACAGCAACACAAAAAGGGGAGAAUUUUGACAGAAAUUGUCUAAGCGUUCGAAAAUAAUUUGCCAUUAUGUACUAUUAUUGUGCAGAUGAAGAUACAGACAAAAGCAUUCGCUCUGAAGAGUGUUUAGAAUUGAACUAGGUUUUAUUGUCAUGAAGUUUGGUUGUGCAUUUUGCAAUUGAUACCAAGAUGGUAGCUCCCAACAUCUGAUAAUAAUGCUGUGAUCCCAUCCAUACCUUGCCUUCUGGAAUGUGUUUGUAGUUCCAACAAAUUUCAGUUUUCAUUUGAUGAUAUCAAUAUCUCAAAUUCUUCACGAAAUAACUUGGUGAGUUCACUCUCUCUCCCCAUUCUAUUGAUCUGAUUGAUGGGACAUGAGCUGCUGUGAAAAUGACAUAGCCAGCUCAUCUCAAUUGGCAUUAGUCUCAAUCAUUUAUUUUCCGUCUCCCAUGCAGUGACCAUAAUAUAGACUGUUAUUUGCAGCUAUGCAUUAAUAAUAAUUGCAAUUUCAUUUAACCUGUAAGUAUUUUAUAUCAUUCCGUAAUAAAAAGGUACAUGCUUUCUGCCUGCA